AUGGAGUUAGAACACUUUGGUGUACUCCAUCGCUGUCUUCCAAUGUGCAACGAACGCAACGCAGAAGGGGGACCAGACCCAGCAGCAGACUCGAAAAGUCGCCGUAUACUCGUACAUUCUAUCAGCGAACCCCUGCUCAACUCGGUGUACAAAAAUUACACGAUAAAAGCACCACACGUCUUCGUUGAUUACAUUUGUGUCACCGCCAAUACUGGCAGUCAUGGAAAAUUCUGUGGCGCACAGCAGAACCUCACCAGCUUUAAGUCAACGGGCUCGUCUGAUACAUCGCUACAAGCUUUGGAGGUGAUUUGCCAACACUUGGUCGAUGUCGGUGAGAACAUCCCAGACAGGUAUCUGAAAUGUGCCUUACUCUAUAUUCUCGACAACAACUACAAAUCACUCCGUGCGGACAUAUUCAAUCACAAUCUGGAUGUCCUCACGAUCGGCGAGGUCUAUAAAAAGGUGCUCAAGUUUGCAGGUAAAACCCAACUCGAUUCUUCGACGCCAGCAUCUGGUCUAAUGGUUAUCAAACCCCCUGCUGAACGCAUGUCAAAUCCACAAACAAGGAUGCCAGUAAUGGUCACCAGAAUACUUCCACUCAACGACGCAAACGUCCCAACUGUCCUCUCUGUGGCAAGGCAGAACACAGCAUCUUCGGGUGCCCUGAUUCAACCUGCCGUCGUUGCGGUUCAACUGACCAUAAGGGAAAUGAAUAUCCUAUCGACCGUUCUACACUAUCAUGCUCCAAAUGCGACAAAGGGGGCCACAAUGAUACAGCAUGCGUGUCUAAGUGAAGCCACGGGGUUCCUCGAGGCGACAUCAGCACCAGGUACGAUAUGA